AGAUGGGAGGAGCUAUGACCACUGCAGGGGAGUGAAUCCCUGCAGUGAAAGAGAAACAAAACUGAUGACUAACAGUCUGAAAACUGCAGAACUUUUCUUGUUAAACAACAGAUAAUCUAUAAGGUGAUAAUCUUCAGGUGAUCUAAGACCACAGCUCAGCUGAUACUCACUCACUCACAGGCUUAAACGGGGACAAGCAAUGGCAAAAGUAUGGCAAAGUGAGGACAAAAAUCUGUCAUCCUCCAGUGGUCCUCUGGCAGAGGAGCUCCAGUGCUCGAUCUGUCUGGAUGUGUUCACUGAUCCAGUCAGCACUCCAUGUGGACACAACUUCUGUAGGAGCUGCCUGAGCCAGUGCUGGAACAACAGUCACACCUACAAAUGUCCAUUAUGUAAAGAGGCAUUCAGAAGAAGACCCGACCUCAAGAUCAACACAACACUUAGAGAGGUUGUGCUGCUCUGUAAAAGAAACUCUGGUCAGAGUAAAUCUGAGGUUCUCUGUGACAUCUGUGAUGAUAUAAAGAUGAAAGCCCUGAAGAUGUGUCUGGUGUGUCAAAACUCUUACUGUCAAACUCACCUGGAGCCUCAUCAGAGAGUCCCAAAUUUAAAGAAACACAAACUGAUCGAUCCUGUGGAGAAUCUUGAGGACUAUAUCUGUCAGAAACAUGAGAAACCUCUGGAGCUGUUCUGUAGAGAUGAUCAGACAUGUGUGUGUUUGCUCUGCGCUGUGACAGACCACAGGAAUCACAACACUGUUUCUGUAGAAGAGGAGAGUAGAGAGAUAAGGCCUCAGCUGAUGGAGAUGCAGACAGAUGUGCAGCAGAUGAUCCAGGACAGAAUGAAGAGGAUUCAAGACCUCAAACGCUCAGCAAAACUCAAAAAAGAAGUGUCAGAGAAAGAGAAAGCAGAGAGUGUUGAGCUCUUCACUGAUCUGAUCCGCUCCAUUGAGAGAUGUCAGUCUGAGCUGCUGGAGAUGAUGGAGCAGAAGCAGAAAGCAGCAGAGAAGCAGGCUGAAGAGCUCAUUAAAGAGCUGGAGCAGGAGAUCACUGAGCUAAAGAGGAGAGACACUGAGCUGGAGCAGCUCUCACACACUGAGGAUCACCUGCACCUCCUACAGAUUUACCCGACCCUGAGCAGACCUGCACACACCAGCAGCUGCUCUGAGAUCAGUCUUAGUGACACUCACGUGAGUGUGGAGACUAUGAUGAGAUCUCUGACUCAACUGAAGGAGACACUAGAUGAGAAACUCAGCAAAACUGUGAUGAAAAGUAUGCAGCAAUAUGCAGUGGAUGUAACUCUGGAUCCUGACACAUCUCAUCCAAAACUCAUCCUGUCUAAUGGUGGAAAACAAGUGACAUAUGGAGACAUUGAGCUUAAACUCCCAGAAAACCCAAAGAGGUUUGAUUAUUGUUGCUGUGUCCUGGCAAAAGAGGGAUUCAGUUCAGGGAGAUUUUAUUUUGAGGUGCAGGUAAAGAGAAAGACUGAUUGGGAUUUAGGAGUGGUCAGGGAAUCCAUUAACAGGAAGGGGAUGAUCGCAGCAGCUCCUAAGGAUGGAUACUGGGCUGUAGCUCUGAGGGAUGAGAAUCAGUAUGAGGCUUAUGAAUCUUCUCCAGUUUCUCUGUCUCUGAGAGUGAAGCCUCAGGUAGUGGGUGUGUUUGUGGAUUAUGAGGAGGGUCUGGUUUCCUUUCAUGAUGUGGAGUCCAGAUCUCAUAUUUAUUCUUUCACUGGUCAGACUUUCACUGAGAAACUCUACCCAUACUUUUGCCCUUGUAAUAAAGAAAAAGGUAAAAAUGCAGCACCGCUGAUCAUCUCACAUGUCGGAUACAAUGAAUAAAUUUACAUCAAAUAUGAACAUAGUUUUAUGAAUACUUGCUGUUGUUAAAUGUUAAGACAUGUAGAGCCAUUUUUUAAAAUAAUUUUUCAGCUUUUACUUUUUUUUUUUAAAUAAAGUGUUACAUUUUUUCAUUGUUUUUUUCUGAAGGUUAAAACAUUCAUCAAACCAUUUUCUUUCUGUUGCUGUGAAAUUUAAAUUACCUGUAAAAUCUGAAUAAAGUCAUAUGCUUAUUUUUAUAACUGGAGAUGAAGGGACCAUCACAUACAGUACAUACAGGAAGGACAUUUUAUAAACAAUAACAGCAUAUUUACUAAGAAAACAAGGCUAUGAGGUAUCGAUGCACAGACUGUUCAAAGAGUUUCACUGUCUUACUGUUCUUUUCACCAGGAAAAUUCAAUUGUUUUCAAUGAUUUGUAUAUUGCUUUUAGCACUUUUAAUAAAACUGUUGAAAAUUCAGAUUGAGACAGACUUCAAACAUAGCAAAU